AUGGUGGCCGCGGGGCUGCCGGCCCUCGGCUGGUCGUACGAGGACCUCAUCGCCUUCCUGCUGGUGGAGCGCCUGUGGCAGCUGCAGACCAAGCGCCCUGAGGUGCUCGCCCACUUCAUGCCCGCCGGCAGCAACGGCGACGAGCUCAUCCGCGCGCUGCCGUGCCGCAUCGCGUCGGUGCUCGGCGCGACGCCGGCGCCGGCGGCGCCGCUUGAGGUGCGGGAGCUGCGCAAGGCGCUGAGCGCGGCGCUGGUGCGCGCCAGCAGCCUGCAGCUGCGGGAGGAGGGCGCCGUGGAGGGGGCGGGCCGCUUCUCGGGCGGCAGCUUCACUGGGUGCGGCUUCCCCUUCGCGCGUACCUGCGACCUGGGCGCGGCUUCCUUCACCUACGCGUGA